CUUGAUUUAUCUUUGAGAGAUAUACUGACUUGAUCGUCAGAGUGCCCCCGGGUGGUCGAAACCACCGCGGGAUUCUUAUAUUUCUAUUGCAGGUCAGUCAAGUGUCAUCUAUUCUGCCAGUGCUCUUCAGUUGGUUACUAAGCGGGUAGUGUGGUUGGAAAAUCACCCACACACAAAGGAUCAUGUCAACAUUUAGAUUCGCUAGGGACUACUAAAAAAAUCAAUCUAACCAAAAAGCCCCUCUAUGAUAGGUUCUGUCAUUGGAUUUUAGUACAGUGAACAUAAAAAAGGCAGAUCAAUUCUAAAUGCACCAGAAAAUUGGGGACUGUGUUGGGAAAGGAGAUAAUUUUUGCAUCAGAAACCAAAUUGUUCACUAAUUGUUAGCAGUUUCACAAAAUUAAAGUGACUGUAGAUUAUAAAGAACAAAAAAAUUUGUCAAUUGAAGUUCAUUCGAUGACAUGCUUGUCUUUUGAAUUAAAGGUUUUGGCACCACUUCCUAUUGGAUUCGCAGUGUUCAUGGUUCACUUGGCCACCAUCCCGAUCACCGGCAUUGGCAUUAACCCAGCACGAAGCUUCGGCGCUGCUGUGAUCUACGGCAAACAAAAAGCCUGGGAUGAUCAGUGGAUCUUCUGGGUCGGACCGUUCAUUGCUGCAGCCAUUGCUGCCUUCUACCACCAGUACAUCCUUAGAGCGGCGGCGGUUAAAGCUCUGGGAUCUUUCAGGAGCACUGCCUAAUGUGCAUUUUGUUAUGGGAAUUCUUUGAGGAAUUCAAUGUAAUCUUUGCAAGAGGGGAAUUGGAAUUUUGGGAAAGUUGUAAAUAAGUGUUGGUGAGGAGGGUGUGAUAAUUGUGUUGGGAUUGUGGUCUUGGGUUGGCACUUGUUUUUGUUGUGCCCAAAUGUUGUUUGUCUACUCUAUUGUCCUUUUCUUCUUCUUUGCAAGUUUUUCUUUGUUGUUGCAUCAUGGUAUUCUAAGCAAGCAUUAAUAUAAUAAAUCAUC